AUGUCCCAUCUCAAGCUUUGGUGCAGUUAUUACAUGCGCUGGCAUCCUAGUAUGCUUCUCCAGGAGCCAGUAGCUCGUCGUGAUCGUGCUUUGAUCGAGGUGAUGCGACGCUUUCGAGAACUUACUACAUCAGCGGCACAAACGAACGCAACACAAAAGCAGGCUACGGCGACUUCGACCUCUGCAACGGCAUCCACUAUGGCCACAACCACUCGAAGUGUUGCUCCAACCGGAGAGGCCACUGGACAAUAUUUCCUAUAA